UUCAUCUGAAAAUGAAAACUAUAAUUCUUCUUGGGAUACUGGGAGCCACAAUGUCAGCCCCGCUUAUCCCACAGCGUCUUAUGUCUGCAAGCAACAGCAAUGAGUUACUGCUGAAUCUUAAUAAUGCUCAGCUUCAGCCACUACAGCUUCAGAGCCCGUUUAAUUCCUGGAUCCCUCCUUUCCCUGAGACACUACAACAGCAGCAGCAGGCUCCAAUUCCAGGACUCUCCCAAUUCUCAUUAUCAACUCUAGACCGGUUUGCUGGACUGUUCCCGAAUCAGAUACCCUUCCCAGGACAGGUCAUUUUUACUCCAGGAACCCAGGCAGGACAGCUGGACCCCUCACAGCCUCAGACACCACCGCAGACCCAACAGGGCCCUAAUGAGGUUAUGCCCUCUUUGUUCACCUUCAGAAUGCCUCAAGAGCCAGCACAGAUGUUUCAAUACUACCCAGUUUACGUGCUCCUGCCCUGGGAACAACCUCAACAAACAGCCGCCUGGUCCCCUCCACAAACAGGACAGCAGCUAUUCGAGGAGCAGAUGCCAUUCUAUACUGAAUUCGGAUAUAUUCCACAACAAGCAGAACCUAGCUGGAUUUACCCACUCACUGUAACAGGGGAGAACACACACCAUGGGGAGCCAUGGGGUCUUCACAGGAAGGUUAGACCAGGAGGACAGCAGCAACCAGUCUUUGAUCCCUUCCUAGGCACAGCUCCUGAACCUGCUGUGAUGCCAGCAGGAAGAGUGUUACCGAAUUUACAAAAAGAAAUGAUAAACUUUAAGCACACCAAUGCAGGAAUUGUCAUUCCUUCAACUUCACAAAAACCCAGCACAAGUGUUUUUACUUCUGCUAUAGACCCAACUAUUACUCCAGAGCUCAUGAAAAAGAAGGCCAAGACUGAUAACCUAAAGGAACCGUAAGAUGUACUAAUCAUUCAAAGUUUGAGAGAACAAGAUGUGGCAGUGCCUUGGAUAUCAUUUGAGGCUAUUUGCUUCCCCGAUGCUAAUAUCAGUUCUUUGAAAAAUAGAAAAUAGUUUGUCUCUUCUCCUGAAUGCCUUUCUACUUACACUCUUUCAAUAAGUCAUAGGAAAAUAAUACAAUUAUUUAGUAAGCCUUAUCUUUACAAAAUUAUAUUUCUUUUUAAAUAUACUUUCAUUGCAUAAUCUGGAAAGUAACAACAAUGAGAAUAAAGCUAAUAUCACUGAAUGAAUUGUAUAACUGCAAUUAAUAAAGGAAGGUGCUGGAAAAUGGUGGCCUCAAUAAGA